AUGGCCGAACCCGACGCAUAUUCCAAGGAGAUGUCCGAGAAACGCGUCGCGCCUCUCGAGGAGCAGCCCGUCGAGCUUACCCCUCUCGACGCGAUUCCAAAAGGCCGAUGGGAGCGCAGUUGGCCUACUAUUGCCUGUGGUGCUGGCCUGUUUUCCGAUGGCUACUUGAACGCGAUCAUUGGCCCUGUCGGUACCAUGCUGCAAAAGAUCUAUGGAGAUGCAUACACCAAUUCGACCGCUCAACAGAACGUCUCCUCGAUCGUUUUCGCUGGUACUGUCUUAGGCAUGCUGAUAUUUGGUUAUACUAGUGACCACUGGUCGCGGAAAUGGUCUUUGAUGAUCUCAACCAUCAUUCUGUUCAUCUUUGCGGCUCUCUGUGCUGGUUCCUACGGAGCUGGUGGCAGUCUGGGUGGCAUGCUUGCUGCCCUGACGGCCUAUCGUUUCUUCUUGGGUGUCGGUAUCGGUGGAGAGUAUCCUGCUGGGUCAGUGGGUGCUGCCGAGAAUACCGGGGAGCUCAAGGCCGGCCAUCGCAAUCGCUGGUUCAUCAUGUUCACCAACUUCCAGAUUGAUUUCGGUUUCGUCGUUGCUGCUUUGGUGUCCAUGAUUCUCGUUCUCAUUUUCACCGAAGAUCAUCUGCGUGCUUGCUGGCGUGUGGCUCUAGGGCUGGGAGUCAUUCCUCCUCUGAGUCUAAUGUACCUCCGACUGAAGCUGGACGAACCCGAGGAAUUCCACAGGGAGCGCAUGCACAAGUUCCCAAUGUGGCUGAUUAUCAAAUUUUAUUGGAAGCGCUUGGCCGUCGUCUCUAUCAUUUGGUUCCUCUACGACUUCUCUGCCUACAGCUUCUCCAUUUACUCCUCGGCCUGGCUGAGUAUCAUCCUGGGAAGUAAUGCUCCCUUGUGGAAGAGCUUUGGAUGGUCUACCGUGGUGAACUCCUUCUACAUUCCAGGCUCUGCCCUUGGUGCCUUCGUUAGUGAUUGGAUUGGCCCUCGCUACACCCUUGCCCUUGGUGUGGGGCUGCAAGGUAUCAUCGGGUUUAUCAUGGCUGGAUGCUACAAGUGGCUUGCGACCCCGGAAAAUGUCGCAGGUUUUGUUGUUGUUUUCGGUAUCUUCUCUGCCCUCGGUGAAAUGGGACCCGGCGACAACAUUGGUCUCUGCGCUGCCAAAACCAGCUCCACUGCUAUCCGUGGUCAGUAUUACGCCUUUGCUGCUGCCUUCGGCAAGAUUGGAGCUUUCGUGGGUGCCUACGUCAUCCCAGUCAUUCAAAAGAACGCACCGAACGAGAUUCGCGCAGGCCAGGAUCCAUUCUUCGUCUCCAGUUCACUGUGCAUUUUGGCUGCAUUCAUGGCCCUGUUUUUGUUGCCACAGAUCAAUCAGGAUACCAUUACCUUCGAGGACUCCAGGUUCCGCACCUACCUCGAGGCCAAUGGCUACGACACCACGACAAUGGGAAACCACAACCGCCAGACCGAGGUUCGCCCGGAGUAA